AUGCAAAUCCACACCCUUUUCGCCCUGGCCACUGUGGCAACCGCACACUUCCACCUCGUCUCCCCACCAUCUCGCGGCUUCAACGCAGACACAAUGGCCACCUUCCCCUGUGGCAGUUUAUCUCAAAUGACUGACAGAACGAAAAUUCCCCUCUCGGGCUCGAUUCCCAUCGACCUCAAGCUGGGCCACACCCAAACAGCCCUAACCGUCCUCCUCGGUCUGGGCAAUGACCCGGGCACAAACUACAACAUCACCCUUCACCCGACUUUCGGCGUCCAGGGCGCCGGCGAAUUCUGUCUUGCGGAUAUCGAGUAUAACGCAAAGAUUCUUGGCGUGGACGUCGUCAACGGGAUGAAUGCCACGCUGCAGGUGCAGAGUAAUGGUGAUCCGCAGGGUGGUCUUUAUGCGUGCGCUGACCUCCAGUUUGUUUCGAACGCUACCCUUGACAAGUCUUCUUGCUCCAAUGAUACCAAGCUCCACGCGGUUGAAUUUACGGGUGACUCGGCUAAACGCACGGCGAAUGCCUCUACUGCCUCGGGUGCUGCGCAAGGAUCCGACUCCAGUUCCAAGGAAAAUGGUGGACGAGCAUUGGAGCUUGCGUCGUGGGGGGGUUUUCGGUGCGGCGUUGAUGGGUGCUUUUGCUCUCAUGUAGAGUUUGGCGGUCACGAUACUUUCUCCAAAAGGUUCAUGGACAGCUGGGGGAUUCCGAAUUUGCGAUAUUAUGUGACAGGUGGCUGCGACUGA